UUUUUUUGUGUACGUUACAUAUUUAUAUCACGUAUAUCUCCAUUUUAGUUUUCUCAUGAACCGGAAGUUCUUAGUCGUUCACUCCCCCCUCCUUCUUCGCUUCGUGUUAACAUUUUGAACUUCAUUCAUGUGAGUGUCCCCGGGAGUCUGUAUAGCGCGCGAUGGCAGGCCCGGAGCUCCUGCUGGACUCAAGUAUCCGUUUGUGGGUAGUUCUGCCCAUUGUCUUCAUCACCUUCAUGGUGGGCGUCAUCCGCCAUUAUGUCACUCAGCUGCUGCACAGCGACAAGAAGGUGGACCUGGAGCAGCUUUCCGACAGUCAGGUGCUCCUGCGCAGCCGCAUCCUCCGAGAGAACGGCAAAUAUAUCCCCAGACAGUCGUUCACAAUGAGGAAGCACUACUUCAACAAUGUGGAAACGGGAUUCUUCAAGAAGGUCAAGAGGAAGGUGGUCCCCAAAAACCCAAUCACAGAUACCAGCAUGCUGACAGACAUGAUGAAAGGAAACCUGACCAACGUGCUGCCCAUGAUCAUGAUCGGCGGCUGGAUCAACUGGGCCUUCUCUGGAUUUGUCAUAACCAAGGUUCCGUUCCCGCUGACGCUGCGGUUCAAGCCCAUGUUGCAGCGCGGCAUUGACCUGCUCACGCUGGAUGCGUCCUGGGUGAGCUCCGCGUCCUGGUACUUCCUGAAUGUGUUUGGCCUCAGGAGCAUGUACAGCCUCAUCCUGGGACACGACAACGCCGCCGAUCAAUCGCGGGUCAUGCAGGACCAGAUGACCGGCGCCGCCAUGGCCAUGCCCCCGGACCCCAACAAGGCUUUUAAGAGCGAGUGGGAGGCACUGGAGAUUGUGGAGCACAAGUGGGCCCUGGAGAACGUGGAGGAGGAGCUGAUGGCCCGAGAGCUCAACCUGGCGGGCGUCUUCAGCUAAGACCUCAAAAGUCUGCCGUCCUCGAGCAAAGCGUCGCCCGGGGGGCUUCCUUCGCUCACUUGGCCCGCUGACGUUUUGUCAGCCACUUGUUCCUUUGACCCUUCAACUUGCUUUCACAAAAUCAUUUGCAUUACUCGAUAGAUGAAUUUUCGUAAAAAAAAAAAAAUCAAAUACAAAAAUUGAAAAGUACUUCUUAAAUUUGCUCAUUGUAAAUAUUUGGGAAAUGAACUUGAUUCCGUUGGAAUGAUACUACAAAUGAAAUUUUGAUUUAUAAAAUAAUUGUACAGAAAAUUUGGAAAACUUAUUUACAUCGUCAAUUGUGAAGAAAAGUCAUUGCAAAAUUUGCAUUUUAAAACAUUCAUCUAGUGCUACAUUUUUAUCACUUGUUUCAUUCAAUCAUUGGUUAUUCUUUUCUUUGUUAAAUUUGGGAAUGGGCUGGCCCAUGAUGUUCUAAAAUGGCAGCCCCCCAAGUUUGCCCGGCCGGCCCUGUUCUGGAUGCUUUGACUUCUCUGAUGUCACAGGUCAACCAUUAGAUCAACUUGCUUUUCGUUCAUCCUUAAUUUAUAAAUAAAGGUUUUGAGUUUUA